GCAGGAGGACAGGCAGGUCCAGCAGUGUCAUUUGCUGGCACCACAUUAAAGUCUCUGGUCUUAUAAUGCUACGCAGAGGACUACUAUGAUAGUCUGUGUCAGUGAAUGACGGUCCCUUCCCAAAAUACGGCUUAAAGCCCAGGUGACAACUUCUAGGCUGUAGGGAAAAUCCACUCCAAGAAAGCCUCUAUCCUGCAAGGCCAGGGUUCCACUCUAUUCAGGAGCCCAGCCAAGAAAGCUUUUGUGGCCUGCCACCUAGUUUUUACCAGCCACCCACCCAAAGCCAGUUGUCACCAACCAAAACCCAGGACAGUCGUGAAAGUUCUCCUAUGAGUGUCCAUAACCUCCCAUCCGUUUCCUCUAUGUGCCAACCAACCAUGUUUAACUACGAACGUCCAAAACAUUUUAUCCAGUCUAAGAAUGUGUGUCAAGGGCAACAGCAGCCUCCAGGAUCCUCAACAUCUACAGAGUCAAGCAGGCAGAUCAAACAGUCCUCCAUUCUAAUCCAGCCUCGUAACCCUAGCGGGCAGAAAUUCUCCUCCUCGUCAUCGCUGAGCUCUUCAAUCACGCUCUCCUCGCCUUCCUGUAGUGCCCCUAAGGAAUCCACAUAUCCCGUCACACCUGCAUCUGCGCAGUCUCCUGCUAGCUCAUCAUCUGGGCAACGGCUUAUAUCCAUGCCUAACCAAACCCCCGCAGCAUUCCUAUGCUCAGUGCUACCCUCGCAGCCUGAUUAUAACAGCCAAACUCCUCCUAUGGAACCUCAUUACUCAAAACCAAUGUACAAAAAACAAGCUAGUAUCAACUCCAUGCAGAAGACAUCUGACCAAGAAAUCAGAGGAACAAAAGAGGCCCUCAUCCAGGACUUGGAAAAGAAACUCCGAUGCAAAGACAACCUUCUCCAGAAUGGAAACCAGCGAUUAACGUAUGAAGAAAGAAUGGCUCGCAGGCUGCUUGGACCAGAAAAUGCUGCAUCUGUGUUUGAAGCACAAAGUGAAGACAUGCAGAACGCACAGCACCAGAAUGCAGAAAACAUCAGGCUGCAGGUUCCUACAACACACGUAAGGAGCAGACCAUCCUCCAGAGGAGAUGAACGUGGACAUGACUCGAUCCAGGAAAAGUUUUUCCAACCACGAUUUACACAAGUGCCAGAAGAUGUAAUUAUUGAGGAGGGACGAUUCUGCAGGCUCGACUUCAAAGUUAGUGGGCUGCCAACCCCAGAUGUGAUGUGGUAUCAGAAUGGAAGGAUGGUUCAUCAAGAUCAGUUUCAUAAAAUGAUAGUGUCAGAGAAGGGAUUCCACUCAUUUAUUUUUGAAGCCGUGAAAUCAUCUGAUGCAGGAACGUAUGAAUGUGUGGCUGUCAAUCGUGCAGGAGAAUCAUCCUUUGCAGUUAAAGUGGAAGUAAUCGCAAAAGAACAUCACACGCCUCCAACUUUCAUCUUCAAGCCACAAAGCAAAAAGGUUUUUGAAGGAGAUACAGCCAGGCUUGAAUGCCAGAUCUCUGCCAUCCCAACUCCUCGGAUUUACUGGAAAAGAAACAAUGAAAUGGUACAAUAUAAUACAGACCGAAUAAGCUUGUUACAUGACAAUACUGGAAGAAUUUGCCUCCUGAUUCAUAAUGCAAACAAGAAGGACGCUGGGUGGUACACAGUAUCUGCAGUCAAUGGAGCAGGAGUGGCCACGUGCCACGCCAGACUGGAGGUUGCAACACAUACAAACAAGCCAGUUCCAGCCCCGAAGCAGCUACGAGUCCGACCAACCUUCAGCAAGUAUUUGGCCCUCAAUGGCAGGGGGCUGGAUGUGAAACAAGCCUUCUCACCAGAGGGAGAGUUCCAGCGUUUGGCUGAGCAGUCUGGACUGUAUGAAAGCGAUGAACUUUAACUGGAAACAAAGAGGAAAAACUCAUAACAACGAGAGACAAGGCCAACGUGGAUGCAGUUAACUGGUGAUAGCUCUAAUUAGCAAAAUACCUAUCUACGUAUUUUUACUGGUGACUGUUGCACAUUCUGCUGUUCCCAUUUUACCAUGUUAGAUGAUAUUUAUAUGGGUUGGUGAAUAUAACCAUUUUCUGAGUAUUGUAUUUUAAAUAGAGCCUAAGCAGGCAGGCCCAUUAGCUCCCACCUGUGCUGGGUUACGUGCUGAAGUAGGUUGGUUUGUACUGCUUCUCUAACACUGCUCUUGGUGAGAACUCUGUACUGCCUGAUUACUAAACCCGAAUAGAGUGUUUUUAUGAGACUUAAGUAGAAGCAAAUAAAAUCUUAAACACCCAAA